UAGACGCGGAAGCAAAGCCAAGUAUAAAAGCACGAGCUCAAAAUGACUGGACGCACCAUGUUCAAGAAGCUUUUGCAAUAGAUUCAUUUAUUGUAGACAGCAAUUUAUGAACGCAUACAUUUAAUCUCACAAGUUAGUUGUGAAAGCCGUGUGCGUUGUGCAAAUAUCAUGUCGUCAACCGGAGAGGCUUUGCUACGCGCCGUGGAGACACCGCUCUUCUGGAUCGGUGCGCUGACUGCGGCCUAUUUCUCAGUGUGCUCAAUAUAUCGGUUGCUGUCCGGGUUCAGAGUGUGGGUGCUGGGGAAUGGACGGUUGGUAUCACCUGCUAAACUCGGGAAAUGGGCAGUUGUGACGGGAGCCACGGAUGGAAUCGGGAAAGCCUAUGCGGAGGAGCUGGCUCGGAGGGGUUUUUCCAUUGUGCUGAUCAGCCGCACCCAGGAGAAGCUGGAUGAUGUGGCCAAGUCCAUCGAGAGCAAAUAUGGCGUUGAGACCAAAUCCAUCGCUGUAGACUUCAGUGCGUCUGACAUAUAUCCCAAGAUUGAAGCUGGUCUUACCGGGCUAGAGAUUGGUGUUCUGGUGAAUAAUGUGGGAAUGUCCUACUCCUAUCCUGAAUUCUUCCUCAACGUUCCCAACCUGGAUAGUUUCAUCGAAACAAUGGUGAACAUCAACAUCACCUCUGUUUGCCAGAUGACACGUAUGGUGCUACCUGGGAUGGUAGAGAGGAAAAAGGGGGCCAUCCUCAACAUCUCUUCUGCCAGUGGGAUGUACCCUUGUCCCCUCCUCACGGUCUACUCUGCCUCGAAGGCUUUUGUGGACUUCUUCUCCCGAGGGCUGGAGGCUGAGUACAAGAGCAAAGGGCUCCUCAUCCAGAGUGUCCUGCCGUUCUUUGUGGCCACCAAGCUGAGUAAGAUCCGGCGGGCCACACUGGACAAGCCCAACCCUGACCGCUAUGUGGCCGCAGAGCUCAACACAGUGGGGCUGCAGAGCCAGACCAACGGCUACCUGCCUCACGCAGUCAUGGGCUGGCUGACAACCGUGCUGUGCCCUGCCAGGCUCCUGAACAGCUACAUCAUGGGAUUGCACCUGGGGAUGCGCUCCCGCUACCUGAAGAAACAGAAGCAGGGUUAGAGACGAUCAGGGAAAAGGGGACGGCUCCUUCUGUUCUUACGUCAUCACGAACCAAGGACAGGGCUGUCAGACUGCUAGUGUGUUCUUCACUGAGCCCUGGCUUGGAUAAUGGUGUCUAUGGAGGAACUUCCUGGAGUUGGAACACCUUGUGUUGAAACAUUGACCAGCCACUUAAACAUAAUUCACUAAGUUAAAUUAAACUGUUGAAAUAACAUUUUCUUGUGGACAGGUAUUAGGAGCUGCUCUUGUGAGCUACGCUUUGGGGAAAAAAACGAUGCUAGUCGCCACUUAUUUCUUCACAGUAAUGUUAUAUUCUUCUUGUUGGAGUCUAGGUGAACUCAGAUAAACCAAAUAUUUAAAUAAAUGGAUUUGACUCAUUAUGAAAGUUAAUUGGCAAAGGGCAGGAAAAUAAAAGUAAUCCCUGGAUUGCUUUACAAUGGAAAAGGUUGUUGUGGGCAAAUCCUGUAUUAAUUAAUUGAAAUGAAUCUAUUAAAGGGAGGAUAAGGAAACAGCAUUAACGGAAUGGUUCCUUUUUGCAUACUGGAUGGAUUGAUGUCCAGUUUGAAGGAGGAUAUUGUGUGUCUGCUAGCAUGUCAGCAACUAGGCAAUGGGUCGAGUUAGCCGGUCUUGUUUGAACUGACUAGUUGGUCUUCAAUACAGAAGGGACACAACUUACAUGUAAUUCUCUGUUCAUCAAGGCGGUGUCCCAUUAAAAAAAAAAAAAAAAAAGAAGCAGGAAGUAGUACGCAUACUUUAGAUACAAGCUCUUUAACUGUUGAUGGGUUUAACAGGCCAGGGCAUUUACUGUUGAACCGAAUGUCUUGUCCAACUGUUUUGUCCUUCUCACCCUCAAGUCACUUUCUUCCAAGCCAGUCAGUGGUCUGUUAACAGAGGUUUCUAAUAUCAGAUUUACAUCUUACUCCAUGUGCUCACCAAGGCACACACAUUGUUAUUUGGUUGUUCUGAUGAAAGCUUUGCAUUUGAUUGUUUUAGAUGCAUUUAAGUAACAAGGUCUUUAACAUUGUGAGAAUUGUAAGGUUUGGUCGAGAGCUCUGGUAUAUUCCCAGUCUGUUGUCAUGGCCACAUCAAUAAAACACUGGUCAACCAUC